AUGAUGAACCACUCAUCUUCAGAAGAAAAUUACUAUUGCCCGUCAUUAUGGCCACUGGACACGCCAUGGCCUCAUUUGAUCGCUUGGUCGUUUUUUACCGCCCUGUUGUCACCAAUCACCAUCAUCUCGAACACAGCUCUAAUUUAUGGACUGUACAAAAUGAAGCAGCUUAACACGAUCACAAACAAAUUCAUUCUCGUGAUGAAUAUAUCAGAUCUUGGAACUGGUAUAUUCAUCCUACCAUCCCUUGCUGCAAUGGCAGCAUUGAAAGACAAGUAUCGCAACUGUGCCUUUGAACUGGUUCUUCAUUUUGGCGCCUUUCUUCUCGCUUAUUUCUCCUUUUUCAUGUUGAUGUGCGUAUCUAUGGAUCGUUAUCUUCACGUGACGAAGCUCAAUAACUACAAUGCGUUCAUGAACGAGUUUCGCAUGAAGGUUAUCGUUGGGUUUAGCAUCGUAACAUCGGCAGUAAUCGCCUACAUAGCGAUGGCGUUUCCAUCUUUCCCGCUGCAAGUCGUGUUGAAUUUAUCCAAUCUUACUUUCAUUCUAUUUGUGUUCAUCUGGUAUUCGAAAAUGCUUCGCAAAAUUGCAAUAAAUGUUGAGAGAAUUAAGAGAAUGCUGAGAGAUGCUGGAGAAAAUCUUGGUUACCGAGAAGCAGGACGUGAAAUCUCGGCAACGAGAACAAUCCGUUUUGUCUUAGGUGCUUUGUUGGUUCUGUAUCUACCGUACAACAUUAGCUCCGCAAUUUGGACGUAUUACAAAUACCAGGAGAAGAGGAAUCCCCCAUUAAUCAUGAAUGUGAUAGAAUAUUGGACCUACGUUUUCCUGCCAAGUAAUGCAACAAUAAACGCUAUCCUUUUCGCAUAUGGUAACAGCAUUGUGAGAAGAUUCUUGAUUGGCAAAUUCUUCCGAAGUCGUGUUGUCCCGAACAGAACAUCACCUGCUUUUCCAUAG